AUGCAUGUACAAUCAAUUCCUAUGUGGACGGGGAAGGGCAAUAACUAUGCCUACCUCGUGACGGACGAGCCGACAAAAGAGUCCGUCAUCAUCGACCCGGCUAAUCCGCCAGAAGUAGCUCCAGAGCUUGAUGCUCAGCUCAAGGCGGGCAAGAUCAAACUCACAGCCAUCGUUAACACGCAUCAUCACUGGGAUCAUGCUGGUGGCAACAAUGAAAUGCUGAAACAUUUUGGUAAACUUGCAGUCAUCGGAGGCAAGAACUGUCAAUCAGUCACGCAGACCCCUGCACAUGGGGAGACAUUUAAGAUCGGGGAGCGGAUCUCCGUCAAAGCACUGCACACCCCCUGCCAUACUCAAGAUAGUAUCUGCUAUUAUAUGCAAGAUGGGGACGAAAAGGUGGUAUUUACUGGUGACACCUUGUUCAUUGCAGGAUGUGGCCGCUUUUUCGAGGGAAAUGCUCAAGAGAUGCACAAAGCGUUGAAUGAGACUCUUGCCUCGCUUCCUGAUGACACCAAAGUCUAUCCCGGCCACGAGUAUACCAAGAAUAACGUCAAGUUCUGUCUUGCUGUAUCUCAAUCGGAACCGAUCAAGAAGCUAGAAGCAUACGCAAAUAAGCAUCAGCAAACUCAGGGCAAGUUUACUAUUGGAGACGAGAAGGAUCCUGAGAUCCAGAAGAAGACCGGAAAGACUGAUCCGGUGGAGGUGAUGGCAGCUUUGAGAGAGAUGAAGAAUGCUAUGUGA